CGACGCCAUGAAUAUCUUGCCCAAGAAGAGCUGGCACGUCCGGAACAAGGACAAUGUCGCCCGCGUGCGGCGUGACGAGGCCCAGGCCCGGGAGGAGGAGAAGGAGCGUGAGCGGAGGGUGCUGCUGGCUCAGCAAGAGGCCCGUACAGAAUUCCUACGGAAGAAAGCCAGACAUCAGAACUCACUGCCUGAGCUUGAAGCAGCAGAGGCGGGAGCCCCAAGUUCUGGCCCUGUGGACCUGUUUCGGGAGCUGCUGGAGGAAGGGAAAGGAGUGAUCAGAGGCAAUAAAGAGUACGAGGAAGAAAAGCGACAGGAGAAAGAGAGGCAAGAGAAAGCUCUGGGCAUCCUGACAUACCUGGGCCAGAGUGCAGCGGAGGCACAGACUCAACCCCCUUGGUACCAGCUACCCCCAGGGCGAGGGGGCCCCCCGCCCGGCCCAGCCCCAGAUGAGAAGAUCAAGAGCCGUCUGGACCCUCUGCGGGAGAUGCAGAAGCAUCUGGGGAAGAAGAGACAGCACAGCGGUGAUGAAGGCAAUCGCAGCAGAAAGGAAAAGGAGGGGUCUGAGAAGCAGCGACCCAAGGAGCCUCCAUCUCUGGACCAGCUUCGAGCUGAACGUCUGUGGAGGGAAGCAGCUGAGAGGGCUCGGGCGGAGGCCCUGCUGGCCCGGGUCCAAGGCCGGGCACUACAGGAGGGUCAGCCGGAAGAAGACGAGACAGAUGACCGGCGGCGGCGGUACAACUCCCAAUUCAACCCCCAGCUGGCCCGGCGCCCCCGCCAGCAGGACCCUCACCUUACUCAUUGACUCCUGAGGGGGUACAGGAGAGGCCGCUGCUGCCAGCCGUCAUAUAAAACUAUUUAUUCAUAAAUAUUUUCCAAAAUGAAAA